AUGGCCGAGAGCAGCGACCCAGAGUUUGCCGGCGUGCAGGUAAAAGAGGAGAGAGUUGUCAACAAGAAGUUUGUUGCAGCAGCCUUGGGGAACUGGCUUGAAUGGUAUGAUUUCGGGGUGUACGCCGCGCUGGCUGACCUUCUGGGACAGAACUUCUUCCCAGCUCACGAUGCAUCUGUUCAAGUGAUGCAGUCUUUUCUUGCGUUUGCAGCUGGCUACAUAUCGCGACCGGUCGGUGGAAUUCUGAUCGGCGUGAUUGGAGAUCGACUUGGCCGAAAGUACGCACUGUGGACGUCCAUUCUACUAAUGAUGUUCCCUACUUUCCUCAUCGGCUGCUUGCCCACUUACCAGACGGCCGGGUGGCUCUCUGCCGUCCUCCUUGUCAUCCUGCGUUUGCUUCAGGGCAUCGCCAUAGGAGGAGAGUACGUCAGUGCCCUGGUCUUUAGCAUGGAGCACGCCCCAGGCAGGCACAAGACCAUCUCGGGUGCUCUAAUGUCCGUGUCUGUUGCAGUGGGCACCUUCUCUGGCUUUGGGGUGGUCGUGCUGAUGCGGAACGUGCUGUCCACAGCGGCGAUGGAGAGUGUUGGAUGGAGGAUUUGCUUUUGGCUGGGUUUGAUCGUGGGUGUUGUGGGCGUUGUCUUGCGGCGGCAAGUUGCAGAGCCUUCGGAGUUCCUAGAAGCCCAGCAGUCAGGGCAGCUGUCGCAGCCUUUGUUGACAGCCCUUUGGGCGCAGAAAGUGGAGAUUCUACUGAUGAUCGGUGUUGAGGCCAUCACGCCCGUGACGUGGUACCAAAACUUCAUCUGGAUACAGCAGGUCUACGAGGGCACCUUGACAGCGCAAGCACCAGUGCCUGGUGGUGCAGAAUUGAACACAUGCAUGCAGCUGGCACCUUCGCUUUUCAUGAUUGGUAUAGCCACCUGCUGCAGGAAUUUCAACUUCCUGACUUCUGUCCGCAGAGGCAUGGCUUUGCUGGCCGUUCUGGCAAUUCCGGCUUACCUCCUUUUUGACUUGAGGGUGUUUUGGGCUGCUUUUCUCUCGCAGUCAGCUUUGGCUUGUGGCGGUGGUCUGAUUGCCUGGGGCAACCCGUAUCUGAUGCACAGCUCCUUUCCCGUCGAAAUUCGCGUCAUUGCCAUGGGGAUCAGCUACAACCUCUCCGCAGCUCUGCUUGGAGGUCCCACGCCAUACAUCUGCUCGCAGUUGGCCGUGAACUUCGGCAUCCUGAGCGCGUCGAUAUGGCUUCUGUUCAUUGCAAGUCUGUCCUACGUCUGUGUUUGGUUGUUGCUUCGCCGACAAGGCCGGCCGGCUCCAGAUGGCCCAGCAGGCUGCUUCGUACCUCGAGGCCUGAAAGUGCUGACCGAAGAAUAUGAGCGAAGGAUCGCAAGGCUGGUAUCUGGCGCGCAGUGUCCGGGUGCUUCCUUUGCAUCAACCUUCGGGCUGCUGGCAGAUGCAGACGGACUUGCAUCUCUUGCUAGUGUUGAGCUGACACUACCUGCCCUUGUCAGUGGUGACUCAGAGGCACGAGCGGCAUCCGCCGAUGCAAAAAAGCGCCUCAGUGACAUGUGGUCCAAGACCUACACGCGACUCGACCUUUAUCAAAUCUUGCAUGCGGCCAAAGAUUCCGCCGCGAGCGAGGAGGAGGAGCGCCUUGUGAAGGUAGUGCUGGACAAGUUUCGCCAGGCCGGCUGCGCGCUGAAGGCAGAGGAACGUGAAGAGCUGGCCUCCCUGGACCGGCGUUGCAAGGAGCUGGCCUUUCAGGCCGAGCAGAACAUCAACGAAGAUUGCAGCACGGUCGAUUUGUCCGUGGAGGAGUUGCAGGGCUGCGAGGAGUCGUUCAUUCGGAGCUUGCCGGACGCUUCAGGCUCCAACGGCUCAGCGCUGAAGCGCUGCUCCUUGAAGGCUCCGGUGCUCCAACCCAUUAUGCAGAGGGCACACAGCAGCGCCACCCGCCGCCGCAUGCUGGAGGCGAGUCACCAGCGAUGCGCGAUGAAUGGCCCACUUCUGGAGGAGCUCCUCUCCCUCCGGCACCAAGCGGCCCAACGCCUCGGCUUCGGCAGCCACGCCGAGCGGGUCGCCUCCCAGAAGAUGGCCGGAACGGCAGAAGCAGUGCGACUGUUUUGUGAGGACAUGGUGCAGAGGCUUCGUCCACUUCGUGAUGCCGAGCUGCUCCAGCUGAGCUCAAGGAAGCAAGAGUGUGAAGCCGAAACUGCAAGUCGCAAGCGGAAGUUGGACGACGAGCCCCCAGAGAGCCCGGCGCGAGGCUUGAAUGCCUGGGACAUCUCCUACUACCUUGACCUUGUACAGAGAGAGGAGCUGCACCUCGACGAUGCGAAGGUCAAGGAGUUUUUUCCCCUGGAGGGGACAAUUCAGCGUAUUCUUGAAGUCUACUCCCAGCUUCUUGGACUCAAGUUUGAGCGCAGUGCGGAGCUGCCAGUGUGGCACGAGGAGGUUGUGGCUUUUGAGGUCAAAGACUCACAAUCCGGGAGGCUUGUGGGACAUCUUUACUUGGACCAGUUCCCACGCGAUGGGAAAUUUUCACAUCAGAUGAUCCUGCCUUUGGCACCUGCUUUCACGAGCACAUCGGGCAUAGGGGGGAGGGAUGAGGGUGUCACAUGUGUGCCGGCCUGUGUGAAUAUCUCUAAUUUUGCCCGCUCGGAGGGGGGCCGGCCCGCGCUGCUACGUCUGUCUGAGAUGAAGACGUUGUUUCACGAGCUCGGUCAUGCGAUGCACUGCCUGUGCACGGAGACUCGCUUCAGCAUCCUUUCGUGGGCAUGGCCGAUGGUGCCUUGGCCAGGUGGUGUCGAGCAAGACUUCCUGGAAGUGCCUUCGAUGGCUCUUGAGAAGUUUGCCGGGGAGCCCGAGCUGCUCCACCGCGUUGCCCGACACUUCUCUGGAGACGGAUCCCAGCUCGAUGAUCAGACCAUCAAGCAGAUACAGGCUUUGGAAAGGUUCAUGGCAGGUACGCAGGAGAGCCGACUUUUUGCGAUGUCCAUCUUUGACCUGUUGCUCCACUCUCAAGCACCUCCCUAUUCAUUCGAUGGUAAGGAAGGGCUAUCUAUUCCUGAGCUGUACAGGCUUGUCUUCGAGAAGGUUACAUCGUUGAAGCAGCUGCCCAACUCGAACUUCAGUUCGUCUUGGUAUCAUCUUUACAUCGGAUAUGAUGCUGGAGUGUACGGCUAUGCCUGGAGCGAUGUAUUCGCAGCAGAUAUUUUUGAAUCAAUGCGAAGUUCACAGACUGGACCGCUAAGUGCAAGCACGGGUGAGCGGCUUCGAUCGGAAAUCCUGGGGCCUUGUGCGACCAAGCCAGGAAAUGCGAUGCUUUCUGGCUUCUUGGGACGGGAGCCUUCUGUGGAUGCGUGGUGCCGCUUCAAAGGUAUCCAGUGA